GGUACACAUUUGUGGUUUUUUCAUUGGUGCAUUAAGUGUAUUCGACUCCAAAACAGCCGGCUUUUACUACAACGCGAGCUUCGGACAUGGUGACCGGCGCAAUCGACAUUGUUACUGACUAGUUACAAAUUUGUACCGGACAAUGACCGUGACCGGCCGCUUAUUUCAAGGCUUGCUGCAGAGGGUAUGGUGGGCCUCCCCUAGAAAGAAAAUGGGUUAGGGUUAGGGUUAAGAAAAUAAUUCAGUAAUGAUAAGGGUCAUUAAUUUUGUCAAACGGUCAACUUAAAAAAUGUUUAGUCAACUUAAAAAAAAAAUUGACUGAGUACAUGACGUUUCCGUUCUCAGAAUACUGCUAAAAUUCCAAAGCAAAAUUGCUAUUGAAAAUUACUAAAGUACCAUGCUGUAUAAAAAAAAAAAAUAAAAAAAAAAAAAAAAAUCUAGUAACAAAUUGUACUAUUUAUGUAAUAUGUAUUUGAAGUGAAAUUACGGUAAGCUAUGUUAGAUUUAUGCUGUACGAAGCCAAUUUAAGAAUGUCUGAACUUCUUUUUUUUUCCCCAGGAUUAAGGAGGGACAAACGUAAAGAAGAGAAAAAGAACAACCUCCGAGAAGUAGCACAGAUUUGUAACUGUAUUGGUGAACUACUCUCAAAAUAUGGCCGAUACGAAGAUGCGAUCACAGAACACGAAGCUGAGCGAGCCCUCAGUGAGGUGUUACAAGACACGAUCGGCGAGGCCGUCGCCUGCAGGAAAAUCGGGGAGUGCUACUGUUUCCUGGAACAGUUUUCUAAAGCGCUGCAGCUACAGCAGCGCCACCUGUCUUUGGCCAGGUCAUGUGACAACGUCUUGGAGGAGCAGCGCGCCCUGGCAACCAUCGGGCGAACCUAUCUGUGUCAGUCGGAGUCUGUCGGGAACUGUUCGCAAGAUACGCUGCGGAAAGCGGAGAACGCAUUCCUCGAGGCUGCCGAAGUAUGUGAGAGGCUGAAGAGUGGGAUAAAGAAUGAAGAGUACCAGGAGAUGAAAGCAAGACUGUUUCUUAACUUAGGACUGGUUCAUGACGCGAAGGGAGAUGUUAGACAAAGUUCAGAGUACAUGAAGAGAGCUAUCACCAUAGCAGAAAAGUACAAACUGUGGAGUGAUCUGUAUCGAUGUCAGUUUUCGCUGGCCUGCAUGUAUCAGAGAAGUGGAAACUUCAGUUCAGCUCUGCGAUUUCUAGAAGGAGCUCACAAGAGCACGAAGAUUCUGAAAGAUAAAUUGUUAGAGGCCGAAUGUCUGACGCAGAAAUCUCAAAUUUUGAUUGAGGUUGGAGAUUUUGCUGGUGCCAAGCACUCGCUGAAGAGAGCCUAUAAACUGGGCACUGCCAUGUCGGAGUCUCGUGUCAGGAUACUUCAUUUCUUUAAAGCAGCUUCAAAGUUGGAGGAGAAGAGUCACGACUUGGACAGUGCUGAUGUCCGAGUACAAUUGAAAGCGUUCGAGUCGAUGGGAGAUGCUGCUGCUGAAAUCACAAACUAUAAACAAGCCAUCCAAUACUACCUCAAAAUGCUGAAAUGUGCUCAGGACUUGAAUGUUAGUAACAGAGAGCUGAUCCCAAUCUAUGUGUCACUGGCUCAGACGUAUCUAGAUGACAAACAGCCUAGUGUGGCUAUCAACUAUUUUAUCAAAGAAACAGAAUGUCGACCCGAUGAUUAUGAACAGGUUUGUCGGACGUGGCUGAACAUCGCUGAUGCUCAGGAACAACAAGGGCUUGGCUACGACAAGAUCAGCAAGUCGUUUCUCACUGCUCUUGACAACGCCAAGAAGGCAAAACACAGAAAACUUCAGGUUCGAGUUUUGAAGUCGUUGAUCGAGACACAAAAAGCGUUUAAGCAGGAGAGACAUCAAGCCCAGACGGAAGACAAACUGUCCAAGUUACGACAGAAGUACGGCUUGGAUUUGGACGAUGAGUUCUCUGAUGAAGAAACCAGUACGCAGCUGUCUGAAGAUGAGGGAAAUCUGAGUAUCACUGAACUCACAGACUCAGAUGAGAGUGAUGAAGAAACUGGGAAUGCCAGACAGGUCAGAGGUGUUUGUUUAAAGAGAAGGACACAGACAAACUUCAAGAGGAAUGAAAAAGGUGAAACGCCCCUGCACCGAGCCUGUAUUGCUGGCAAUUUGAAACAAGUGAAGAAAUUACUAGAUCAGGGCCACCCGGUGAAUCCGCGAGACUACUGUGGCUGGCUGCCGCUACACGAAGCAUCCAACUUCGACUUCAGUGACAUCGUCGAGUUACUGCUGGACCAUGGAGCAGCCAUUGAUGACCGUGGUGGGGAGGGGUGUGGGGGGAUCACCCCACUGAUGGACGCAGGCAGCUCAGGAAGUCUGAACGUGAUGGAGGUUCUCAUUAAACAUGGAGCUAACUUGUGGGCCAAGGAUGAAGAGGGACAAACAGCCUUAGACUGUGUACGAGCGUGGUAUGACCGUGUUGAGGACACACUGACCCGUGAGGUCAAAGUUCACUACCAGCACAUUGUGGAAUUAAUGAGUCAGACUCGUAAAGGUAAUAUCAAUGUUAAACUGUCAAAGUCGUGUUCAGCCAAGUCGAAGGUGCCUAUGGUGAGAAGUAAGCCGGCCCUUGUGCUGGAUGAUGAAGAUUUGAGUGUUUCUCCAUCACUACCAGAUGUUACGUUUCACAAACGGAAGAGCAGAGAGAGUGGGGACACUGUUACCAGAAAUGAAAUUGGGGACCACUGCAGUCUGCUGGACGAGGACAGUGGUGACAUCUACGUUAAUCCACAUCUAGAGGGACAUAACUCUGACCGAGAGACUGCCACUACGGUGUACAGAGAUGCAAUAAAGUCUGUGGGAAGUUCCGCUUUAAGACCAACCCAUCGAGCAAGUAUUUCUACAAAACCACACACGUCAGAAAUUAGCUCUCUACUGACGGAAGAUAAAAUUGUCGGUGAUGACUGGUUGAUAGAGGAUAUAAAAUCAUCGACAAAACGUAAAAGAGUUGAUGUGGACGGAUUUUUUUCUGCAGACCGGUUACGAAACGUCGAUCCUGAUGAUGUGAAAGCGAAGAAGCGAAAGUCGUCCAAUAAUGAUGCUGUUUCAUCAGACUCCAGGGUAGAAACCGAGGUGGAGCGGUGUGAUAUUCAAGAUUAUGAUUCUGAACCAGACGUCAUGCGUGGUGUACGGCAUGAAGACCACAUAGACGUCGACAGAUUGACAGAUCUCGAAAGAGUUUCUGCAUCCGAUUCAGAAUCGUCUGUGAAUGACUUACAGCUUGGUUCUGUGGACAGUCUGUCGAGGUCUACACAAAAGAAAUGGACUGUGAAGAAAAAACAUAAACAGUUGAAGCUCACUAGUUUUGGUACAAGUCAGAAAAGAAAUGUUGUGAAUACCGAAACCAGCUCCAAUUUGAUGGGCGUUUCUUUUACGAACGGAUCUAUUCCAGUUGAAGCAGAUGUCGGUCGCAUUGGCCAGUCUCAGAUUGUGACAUUUGCCGGCUGUCUGAUGAGGUUACGGGUCAAGGUGAUGGAUAAGACGUUUCUGAUACCUGUACCACGAAGUGAGGACAUGAAAACAAUAUCCUGGCUGUCACAGGAGGCAGCACACCGAUACUAUUGUCAGUGUGGGCGUCGCCCACUGUUGACACUGAGUACGAAGGACGAUGCGAUCCUCUCUGCUGAUGAUGUCAUUGGCAUGGUUCUUAGCAACAACGAAGAGCUGGUUGCUGAAGUGGACAGCUGGGAUUUGCCUGCAUUACAAGACCGCUACUCUCAAGCAUGCAAGGCACUACGAGCUGUGCACUACAGGAAUAUAUCAACAAUACUUGAGAUCUGUGACAACACGGGCUCCCUCAGUUUGAAAGAUCUGGCACUGAGGCCUGGACAGAUUCAACCAGUGUUUCGAGCCCUGCAGGGACAGACCAAUCUGACACACCUAAACUUGCAAGGAAACCGUCUGUCUGAUGUUGGAAUGGAAAGUCUUUGUAAAUCGCUUGAGGCAGUUCCAAGUCUCACCGACCUUGACCUUGCAUGUAAUGGAAUAACUAGCCUCGGUUUGAAAUACUUGGCUGACUUGUUAGAAGCUAAAGGUGCAGGUGACCAAUCAAAACCCUUGCAGCUUCUGUUACGUCUAAACCUGAGUAGCAACCCGCUGGGUGAUAGCUCGAUGGAGAGUUUUGUGCGGAUGGUCGCGAAUCUCCCGUCUUUGACAUCCAUCGCUCUCUCCAGCUGCAGACUGACUGUCAAACUCUUCUCUCAACAUCGAGUCGCUCUUUCACAGGCUCUGAGAGCGUCUAAGCUGACCUCUCUGGAUGUGUCCUAUAACAAGUUAGGAUCUCUCGGGCUGGAGCUGUUAUUGAAGUGUCUGAACCCGACGACGAUCUCGACUCUGAACCUGUGUGAGAUUCACACUGGAUCUAACAUCAGUCACCUCAGUCUUCAUCUACAGCAGUACAUCACACAGGAAGGAUGCCAUCUUGAAGAUUUGAAUCUGUCAGGAAAUCACCUCAGCCCAGAUGAUGCUUACUUUUCUUGCAAGAAUUCCAUUGUUGCUGAAGAAAAUAAAGAAUCUGUGCUUCUCAAUGAAUCCUAAAGUUGACAACUGGACAAUUCAAGAACUUCUCCAGGAGAGUGUCAAAGAGAACAGCCUUUUGGAACAUGUCACAGCUGUAGGAUGUGCAAUAAAGUCUCCCUUGGAUUCGAAUUUUCUCGAUGCUCUUAACGAAAAACUGUCUUGUAGUUUUCCUCUGAGUAGUUUGACCUUCACAUGUGACGGCUUAGACCAGGUUGAUACGGACUCCUUGCAACAGAUUUGGACAGAUCGAUGGAAAGAUGCAGCUGAUGUUCAGUUUAAUGGGAAGCACGUACAUCUUGGUAUAUUGGAUAGUGGUGGAUGUGGAACACGUUAAAUAAGAAGAAAAGAAAAUUCACAAAUUAUGUGGUUCGAAUAAUGUAUAUAUAUAUUCAAUUUUAUGAAA